CCUUCUUUUUCAUGUGGAUCAGUCAUGUCCGGAGCUGAGGCUGACCCUAAAGAAGUCGCAAAGUCUGCCGAAAAGAAGGAGCAAGAAGCAGCUGCAGCUGAGGCAGCUGAGGAAAGCCGUGACUCUGCUGCUUCGCUUGACAAUGAUGAGAAGUGA